AAUUAUCGGUAUUCACCUGGCAAAUCUCUACAAUACACGGUACACGUCUACUCCAUUUUCCCCAGAAAUGCAACACAAAAUUAUCUGUUCAAUCUCCUUCCCAUAAACCCUACACUACAAUCAAUAUUUUUUUUUCUUCUCUAGUCCUCUAUAUUUGAAGAUGACAGAAAAAUACUACCAAUUUUGGGACCCAAAUCACCAAAUGAUGUGGGAUGAGAAUUGUUUUCAAGAACAUAACAGCAAUGAUGAACAACAACAAGAUUCUUCGUUUAAUUUUGAUCUUUUCUCACUUCUUUCUAAACCCAAGGAUUAUUAUAGAAUAUUGGAAGUGGACUAUGAUGCUACUGAGGAUGAAAUUCGGUCUAAUUACAUUCGGUUAGCAUUGAAAUGGCACCCAGAUAAGAAAAAGGAUGAGGGUGCAACAUCCAAGUUCCAGGAAAUAAAUGAGGCUUACCACGUCUUGAGUGAUCCCAUGAAGCGGCAAGAAUACGACUUGAAAGGGAUGAUGACUUACGACUACAAUGUUAUCGAAUAUCUAAGUCGUUAUAAAGGGCUUAUUCUAACUUGCAAUGGCCUUGGCAUGCAGCAUUCUAUAUGGUAGAUCUCUUAAACAUGCUCUAAGAUUGGGGUUUUACCUUCAAGCUAGAAUAAACAUUAGAAACAUAGAGAUUUUGGGGUGAGGUUUCUAGAUGAAACUGGUUGAAUCGCAAACUUUUUGCUGAGAUGGGUGAAGCCUCUAGAGUUAGACGACUUUUUUCCGUGCUAGCGCUAAAAAAUGCAUGUAUAGCCUUACCAAUUUUCAUCUAAUGAUACUCGAGAAAUAAAGAGGUUCUGUAUCAGGACUCAUUUGUGCUUAUCAUUAGUAAAUUUACGCGAAACAUUCUUGGAGAUAUAUAUGCUUCUUUUAUGUAUGUGUUAUGUUUGAGUUCUAUUAGAAUGGUUGAUGAUACAUUUGUGAAUGUAGAUUGUUAGGGACAAAUUGUUAUAUGGUGCUCUUUAAAGCAUAAGAAGCAUUGUCGUCUGAGAACGAAUGGUCAGAAUUGUUGAGGCUUUGAUUCCCAUUUCAGUAUCAUCAUGCUCGUUAGUUUUCUUGUGAGCAAAUGUUAAAGAACUAAUUUAACCAAAAGCUUAAGCUGAUAGUUUAACCAAUGAUAUACCCCUAUCAUUCACUCUACCAUGCCCCCUACACGAAAAGUGUGGAUGCAAAAGUUUAACCUUCCGUCAUGUUGCCUUUCGAUAAAUUUUUUUAAACUAAGAGUUUAAACUUUUGGUUGAAUUGAUACCGUAACAACUAGAUCCCUCUAUUGUGUGUUGUGUUCAAAGGUUGUCUCUUUGCUACUUCCUUCGUUCCAUUAUAUUUGCUAUAUUUCACCUUUUACGUAUUCCAAUGUGUUAUUUUGUUAUUUAUAUG